AUGUUUCCAGGUGUAAUGGACGUCGAUGCUGCCAUUCGCACCGCCAUGGAGUCGGGCGGCUUCUCGGUGCCGGCUCCUAAUCAGAAGAUCUUCAAGGAGCAAUGUGCCUUCUGUUUCAAAGAUCCACACGGACCAGACGGCCUCUACAUCAAUCUCAGAAACUAUCACGCCUUCUGCAAACAGCACGCUGUCAUCUAUGCUAACCAUACGAAUUACAACCUCUGGGUGCAAUUCGAGUCUACUAAAGUAGCUGUCGAUGAACAGAGAAGCGAUGGAGAGCCGACAACCAAGAUGACCAAGCUCACAAUCGAUGCAGAGCCGAAAUACGAGUUCGAGGACAAAUACUCUGUGGUGAUUCACCCAGAAUAUGACAAUAAGUUCUCCAACGUUCAAGGCAUUCCAGAGAUUGUAGAUACAAUCAAGACUAUCAACGAGUCCACUAGCGCCGAACGUUUGGCCCUUCUCACCUCCACCAACAACGGAUGGGAUAAUGAAAUCAAACUGAUUACGAGACAUGCUAAUUUGGAACAGAGUGACGAGGGAAAGGUUCUAGCCUUAUCUGGAUGGAAUUGUGAAGUUGAGGACUGUGGACUCUCUGAGAAUCUGUGGCUUAAUUUGACCGAUGGAGCGAUUCGAUGCGGUCGAAGCCAAUUUCUUGCCAAUGGAGAGAAGACUCGUGGAAACGGACAUAUGCAAGACUACUACAAUGCCACACGAUUCCCCCUUGUUGUCAAAUUGGGAACAAUUUCUUCGAAUUUGGAAUCUAUCGACGUUUUCAGUUAUGAGGAGGACGACGCUGUGAUCGAUCCAAAUAUAGUGAAACAUCUGAUGCAUUUCGGUUUGGACCCAGAGAAAAUGGAGAAAACUGCCAAGAGCACACUGGAAAUGGAGUUGGAUAUGAAUGAAAAAUGGGAAUGGGCACGUUGUACUGAGGAUGGAGCGAUGUUAGAGCCAAUCUUCGGUCCCGGCUACACUGGACUCAUUAACACUGGAAGCAGUUGUUAUAUGAACUCGGUCCUUCAAGCACUGAUUCAAGUCGACUCAUUCCGCAAACGUUACAGCGAUCAGGCUCUUCAAACGAUGCUCAAAUGCCCAAUUGAAAUGCUUCACAAUGAUUUCAACGCCCAGUUCGCAAAGGUUAUCCAUGCGAUGCUCAGUGGAGACUACUCUUCUGAAGCCGACCCAACACACAACCACAUCAAACCACUGCAAUUCAAAAGAGUCGCUGCUGGAAGUCACCCAGAAUUCUCUACCGCUAAACAACAGGAUGUCGAAGAAUACAUUAGGUUCCUCUUUGAGAAUGUCUCGAAACAAAACCAGAACGAAGAUAUUGACCCAACGAAUUCAUUGAGAUUCCAGACGUGGAAUCGCUUUGAAGACAACGCAUCCGGUAAAGUUAGAUACACUGAACAGGAAGAAAUCAUUCUUCGCUUGCCACUUCCAGAGGGUAUCAUGAAGCCAACCGAGAAAGAGAACCACUUCACAGUGGAUAUGACUGAUGCAGUCCAAGCAUGCUUCUCCAAACAGUUUGUCGAAGGCUAUAAAUCGCCAAUCACUGGAGAGCCAAAAGGAGCAAAUAACACUCUUUCCAUGAAGACGUUCCCUGAUUAUCUCAUUCUCCAAGCCUCGAAAUUUGCCUAUACCAUGGAAGGAGUGCAGAAGAAGCUUGAUGUUGAGAUGGAGGUCAGCGAAACUCUUGAUUUGAGCGCAUUCCGUGGACAUGGAAAGCGAGAGGAUGAGGAGUUGCUGCCAAAAGACUCGGCACCGCCAGCCGAUGCUCCACCAGAGAUCCCUGCCAACGUUCGCGCUGUAGCUGGAGAUCUUAUGAUUAUGGGAUUCCAAGAGAAUCAGAGUAUCAGAGCAGCAUACUUCUCCAACGGAAACGCCGAGGUUGCUACAAACUGGCUGAUGGAGCAUUUGGAGGAGCCAGAUAUCGAUGCGCCGUUUGUCAUGCCAACUGGAACACCAUCAGCUCGUGGGGAGAUUGAUCCGAAUCUGGUCGAUUCGAUUGUCGAAAUGGGAUUCUCAAGGCAUCAGGCGACCUACGCAUUGAAACAAGUUCCAACUGUCGCUGAAGCUGUCGAAUGGCUUUUCACCAAUUUGGAUAGUAUCCCCGAAGAGUCCGCCGCCGCCACUGGAACCAGCUCUGAUGCUCCAGAAGCUUCAGUCACCGAGUCAGCGAGCAAAAAGUCAUUCACAGAUGGUUCCGAGAAGUAUCAACUGAUUGGAAUCAUCACCCAUAUGGGCUCUCGUCCUGAUUCUGGCCACUAUGUUGCUCAUAUGCUGAAGGACGGAAAAUGGGUGCUCUUCAACGACGAGAAGGUUGCUCUUUCUCAGGACCCACCAAUCAAAUUGGCCUACAUUUAUCUAUACAAACGUGUCGAUUAA